CAACCUAAACAAUUCUAUGAUUCUGUGGACAACUUGUCACCCCCCAGAGACCCUGAAGUCCUGUUCCAUGGUUGGUCCUGGUGCAGGAGGCUAUCCCACCCCAAGUUUAAUGAGACUUCUCCCCAACCACGUCUCCAGUCCAUCCUGGUCCUGCUGAAGAGCAGCCCUGCCCUCCUGCCUCCUAUCUGCUAACUCACAUCUGGCUCAGAAAGCCAACUGAACCGAAACCAGCAGGAGGCGAGGAGGAAGCAUCGCGUGUGCUCGCCCUCUUCUCGCUCCUCUGUGCUGCCUUUUUGUGGCGUUUGGGCUGGGGGUUGAUUUCCCCCCAUUGGCAGUGAGGAAACGGCUGAGCCAGAAGAAGGAAUGUCCUUCUCUUCUUCCUGCAAAGUGAAGCUUAUUUGAUCCUCUCCCAGAGGUAGGUUGGGAAGAGCCAUGGCUAUGCAGAGUCCAGUGGAAAGCCUGCACAGCGAAGCCACUUGCUCCAUCUGCCUGGGUUAUUUCCAAGACCCCGUCUCCAUCCACUGUGGCCAUAACUUCUGCCAGGCGUGCAUCACCCACUGCUGGGAAGGGCUGGAGUCACAUUUCUCCUGCCCGCAGUGCAGGCAGACGGCUUUGCAGAAGAGUUUCCGUCCCAGCAGGGAGCUGGCAAAUAUUGCCAAAAUUGCCAGGCAGCUGAACUUGCGGGCAGGAGAAGGAGCAGUGGGAUGGGAGAAUUUGUGUGGGCAGCACCAGGAGGCUCUGAAGCUCUUCUGCAAGGACGACCAGCAGCCCAUCUGCAUGGUGUGUGACAGGUCCCAGGCUCACCGCUUCCACACCGUGGUCCCUGUCGAAGAAGCUGCCCAGGAAUAUAAGGAAGAAAUCCAAGCCCGCCUACAGGCUUUGAAGGAGGAGAGAGAAAAAUACCUGGAAAGCAGAAAAACUGGAGUAAGGAAGAGCUCAUACCUGGAGAAAACCAAAACUGAAGGGAAGAAGAUAGUGUGUGAAUUUGAGCAAUUAAACCAAUUUUUGAAGGACCAAGAGCGCCUCCUCCUGACCCAGCUGAUAGACCUGGACAGGGCCAUCACCAGGAUCCAGGAUGAAGCAGUGGCAAAGGUCUCAGAAGAGAUGUCCCACCUUGACACCCUGAUCUGGGAGAUGGAGGGGAAAUUCCAGCAGCCGGCGAGCCAAUUCCUGCAGGACAUCAGAAGACUCUUAAACAGUUGUGAGAUGAUGCAGUUCAACCCUCCGGUGGAGAUUUCCUCCGAUCUGGAAAGAAGGCUUGAGGACUUUGUUCAGAGAAACAUCCUUGUGAGAGGCACACUGAGGAAAUGCCAAGACGGCCUGAUGUUUAAAUUGCAAGAGCCAACCAACGUGACCCUGGACCCAGCCACAGCUCACCCCAACCUCUACCUCUCCGAGGACCGAAAACAAGCCAGGGGCCAACUGACCCAGCAAGACCUCCCGGACAACCCAGAGAGAUUUGACUUCGAACCCUGCGUGCUGGGCUGUGAGGGCUUCACCUCAGGGAGACAUUUCUGGGAGGUGGACGUGGGGCAGGGGGGUGUCUGGGCCCUGGGGGUGGCCCGAGCAUCGGUCAAGAGGAAGGGACCGAUGAGCCUCACCCCCAAGGAGGGGGUCUGGGCGCUGGAGGCUUAUUACUCACUCGCAUCCCCCCGUGCCAACCUGCACCUGAACCCACUUCCCAGGAGGAUACGGGUCUCCUUGGACUAUGAAGGGGGGCGGGUGGCAUUUUUCAGUGCAGAUGAUGAUGCUCCCAUCUUGGUUUAUACCAGAGCCUUGUUCAAUGGGGAGAGGGUCUUCCCCUGGUUCAAGAUGGGGAUGGGGGCUCGUUUGCAAGAAAUCACCCAAAUCCCACCCUCAGAGGACCAGUCCAUGACUGGGCAGCUGAUGUCCCCUCUGGACUGGGUAGGAUUCAGGUUUCCCCUCCAGAUCUCUUUGGGGUGGCGCCUGUACAGCAAGGAUGGGGAGAUGGGGACACCAGCAGAUAGCAGUGAGGAGGAAGGAUCAGCAGGUACAAGGUCAUGGAGUCAGAACACUGAGGGGUUGAUCAAGGAUGGAGAGCACUCAGGACUUCCAAACCUGGAAGACCUGAAAAAUGAGAUUGAGAAGAGGCAGGCAAAAAAUGCCACCAAACCCUCAGAGGAGAUUUCCCAGCUAGAUACCCCAACACAAGGGCAGGAAGAGAAGAAUCAGCCAUUGGAUGUGAAAAGCACCAUCAGCAGGUGUGGGAAAGUGACUUUCCAGCUGCCAGUGGAUGUUUCUCCAGAGUCAGAGGAGAGAGUCUGUCACUUCUCAUGGAGGAACAGUGCUCUGAAGGAAACUCUGAAGAAGCUACAAGCCAUCGUGACCCUGGACCCUGACACGGCUCAUCCCGACCUCAUCCUCUCCGAGGACCAUAAGAGCGUGAGACGCGGGGAAGGACGACGGGACCUGCCUGAUAACCCUGAGCGAUUUGACUACUGGCCCUUCGUGCUGGGCUGCCAGGGUUUCGUGGCUGGCCGGCAUUGUUGGGAGGUGGAGGUGGGGGACGGGGGGGAUUGGGCUGUGGGGGUGGCCCGUGACUCCAUUCGUCGGAAGGGGCAUCUCAGCCUCUGCCCCCAGGGAGGGAUUUGGGGGGUAGAGAAGUGGGGGGGACAAAUCCGGGCGCUCACCACCCACAAGGUGACCCUGCUACCCCUCCGCUGGGUGCCCCGGCGGGUCAGCGUCCACCUGGACUACACUGGAGGGACGGUGGCAUUUUUCGAUGCGGAUGAGGGGGGGCUUAUGUUCAUCUUUUCACGUGCCUCCUUCACCGGGGAGAGGGUCCGCCCAUGGCUCUGGGUGGUGGGGGCCAGGUCCCAGCUCAGGCUGUGUCCCUGA